AUGCCUCCCAAAAGAACUCACAGAUCGAGACUUCCUGUACCUCUUCCGGAAGGCAAGGUUCUGGAUGACACUGAAGGGAAGCAGUGGGUGCUGGGCGAGAAGAUCGGCUCUGGCGGAUUUGGAUUGAUAUACUUAGCAUUCCCCACAAAUAAACUGGAUGAAGAUGCAAGAUAUGUAAUAAAAGUGGAAUAUCAGGAAAAUGGCCCAUUAUUUUCAGAACUUAAAUUUUAUCAACGAGCUGCAAAAAGAGACUGCAUCAAAAAGUGGAUAACACUCAAGCAACUUGAUUAUUUAGGAAUUCCUCUGUUUUAUGGCUCUGGGCUGACUACAUUUAACGGAAAAAGUUACAGAUUUAUGGUGAUGGAGAGACUGGGGACGGACUUACAGAAGAUCUCAGACCAGCGAGGCACUUUUAAGAAGUCAACCGUCCUGCACCUAGGCAUCCGGAUGUUGGAUGUACUGGAAUAUAUACAUGAGAAUGAAUAUAUUCAUGGUGACAUAAAAGCAGCAAAUCUACUCUUGGGUUAUAAAAACCCAGCCCAGGUUUAUCUGGCAGAUUACGGACUUUCCUACAGAUACUGCCCCAACGGGAACCACAAACAGUAUCGGGAAAAUCCUAGGAAUGGCCAUAGUGGGACGGUGGAGUUCACCAGCUUGGAUGCCCACAAGGGAGUAGCCCUGUCCAGACGAAGUGACCUUGAGAUCCUUGGCUACUGCAUGCUGCGGUGGUUAUGUGGGAAGCUGCCCUGGGAGCGGGACCUGAGGGACCCUGCCGCCGUCCAGACUGCGAAAACAAAUUUGCUGGAUGAGCUGCCCGAGUCAGUGUUCACGUGGGCUCCUGCCGGGAGCAGCUGCCAUGAAAUAGCCCAAUAUUUGGAAUGUGCUCAUGGCUUAGCAUAUGAUGAAAAGCCAAACUAUCAAAUGCUCAGGAAAAUUCUGAACCCAAGUGGACGACCGUUAGGACCGCUGGAAUUUUCUACUAAUGGACACAGUGUAAACACGGCUACUACAAGCUAUCCAAAAGUUGAUGUGGGACAGGCUGCAGCCAAGCAAGUCCACCUGGUGCCGAAUAGGUUAAAGGAGAGCCGGGUCUGGGGAGAGACCGGUGUGGAGCCCCGGGCAGCGGGGAGACAAAGGCAGAGCUCCGAGGCAGCGGCUCCGGGUGCACAGCUUCACAGUGGAACUGCUCAGGAAAGUGCAAGGAGAAGACAAAAAUAUCAUGAACUGCAAGAAUGUCUGAACGAAGUGAAAAAUUCCCGGCAAAAAUAUAUUUGUAUACAACCCCCAACUCCAUUUUGUGAAUACCCUCAAGCUGUCCCCAGGGCACAUAAGAACAGCCAAGCAAGACCUCCAGUCUGGGAUGGGCCUGGCUCCUCCACGCUGGGCACCGAGGUGGCAGAGUUCAAAAGUCCUUCCCAGUUGACCCACAGUGAAGAGGCCACGACGCAGGUGUAUUUUUACAGCUUACUCAUACUUUUUCUUUUGAUGUUAAUAUUUCUUGCUUUAUAUUUACUCUGAGGAUAUCAAAUAAAAUCCUUUUGGUAAUUUC